CCUCAUCAAUCUCUUCUCUAAUCGGUCCUAUGUACGUACGGGUAGCCUUGGUGAGUUAAAUGUCUUCAAAGUAAGUUUAUAUGUUUGCUUCUUACAUAAACACAAGAGCAAUUGAUGGUCAGGAGAAGUUCAUGUGCUGCCCUGCACUUUUCCCCAUGGAACAGAAUCAUCGAGUACCUUAGACCGACCACCUUCCAGUGACUUCUACCAGUCAAAAUCUUUGAUACGAUAAUGAUAAACUUAAUGACCAAACAUGUUUCACGCGGGCGGCUCGGCAUUUGUUGGAAAAGUUUACUUGAAUGUUACUUCGAGGAUUCACAGCCUUAAGAUCCCCUAAGUUAUUAGCCCAUAGCUUUAUGAAAGGUCUGCCCAAGAUUUCAACAAUCGCGUCACAGUAUCUCGAGUGUAUAUUCAAAGACCCGGUAAAGAUAUCGCUAAGAGAGAAGAGUAAGGUUACUACCUAGGUCAUACUGUCGUCGCUUUGGAGGGGUUCGUUACUACUAUUCUCUCUAAAGUCAAGGGAGAGCUUGCGAAUCCACGAAACUCAAAAACUUAGAAAAUCUGUGAACAGAUAUUAAAACUCCAUAUCACAUUGGAGCUCUUGAAUCUGAACAUCUUUCGACACGAUACGGUGCAAAGCAAGUCUAGUAAUACAUACACUGCACAAAUCUAGUCACCGUUUGUUUGUCCUUCCAACGUUGUCGGAUAAGAUAGCCAGAAUCCCAGUGAUCAUCACCACUACAAUAGAUCCCGCUGCGCCACUUCUCUCCAACCUUCUUCGUUUAUUCCGUUGCAGCAUCCCCACUUCACCUGGAAUAACAAUAACCUUAGCAAGUGUCCCAUCUACCAACAGCAUACAAAAAGGAUACGAAAAAGAAACAACGACAGACGAGGUAUUCCUCUAGAGCUUCACGAUUACGAUGGUUGAUACUGGUGUGGUCAGGAGGAAGGAUACUACAAAAGGUCCUCCUUUACGUAUAUUAUCUCUAGAUGGAGGUGGUGUACGAGGAUAUUCUAUGCUCAUAAUUAUUCAAGAGCUCAUGCAUAGAACCUAUGUCGAAAUCGAAGGAAAAGCGCCCCGACGAGAUCAAAUUCCAAAACCUGCCGACCAUUUCGAUUUAAUAUGUGGUACGGGAACAGGCGGUUUAAUCGCGAUUAUGCUUGGCAGGUUGCGAUUAGAUUUGGAGACUUGUAAAGAAGUUUAUGUACGAAUGACUAGGAAAGUUUUCGAAACGGACAAAACAAUUGCGGGCAUACCAUAUCGAUCGACUUUAUUCAAGGCUUCAAAGUUGGAGGAAGCGAUCAAGGAAUGUGUUCGAGAACAUACAUUAUUUGAGAAGGAAGGAAAUGAUGGGGAUAAGUCCGCGCCAGCAUCCGCCUUUCCCGGAAGUCCGAUUAGUCCUUUCAGCCCGGCAGCGAGGUCAGAACCAAGACGACAUUCAAGCAAUGCUAGUGUCGCAAGUUUCAGUAAUAGAAAUCCCGCGAGCUACCAAAAUAAACCUUACAUGUCAUCGAGGUGGGGAAAUCCUAACGCCAGAUUAUAUGACAAUCGCCCAGAAAGGACCAAGACGGCUGUGACGGCAAUCUAUAAAGGUACACGUAAAGGCGGCGCGCCGGCCAUACUAAGGUCUUACGAUUCACGAAAAGAGCCAUCACCCGAAUAUGAUUGUAAGAUUUGGGAAGCAGGAAGAGCAACAUCAGCCACAGGACUCGCAUUCAAACCUAUUCAAAUCGGACAAUCAGUGUUUAUAGACGAAGGAGCUGGUCAAUAUAAUCCUGCGCCAUUUGCUCUCGAUGAAGCUACAGUCAAUGAAUGGCCCGGGCGAGAUGUUGGUGUGUUUGUCAGCAUAGGAACAGGAAAAAGACCACCAGGAAGCGAUCAAAAUCAACAUAUGUGGUAUGAAGGUUUCUUGGGCGAAUUCGCAGAUGCAAAAAGACGAUUGAUAGCCAAAAUCGAGGGAUGUGAAAUCACACAUCAAUACAUGAAGGAAGAACAUCUAAGCAAACGAGGUGUCAAUAUUGAAAAUUAUUAUCGACUAAAUGUGGAGAUCGGUGUAGGAGAAUUUGGUAUGAAUGAGUGGAACCGUCUCGCAGAUAUCAGUACCGGUACGCGAAGAUAUCUCGGCAAAAGUGAUGUUCAGAAAAUGAAUAUCGAAGCAGCUGUGAAGUUGUCAAAAAUUCACAGAGCAAUUCAAAGAGCUAAUGGUCACAUGAGGGUACCAUCGAUGGGUAACAGGGGAGAAAGCUACAAGAAUUUACCCGAUGUUCCAGAAGCUAAUCCAUUGGCUGUGGAACUCCCAGCUGAAGUCCCUCCCUUGACGCCUCUUUCCGGCAAUGCAGCAUGGACACCAUCCCCGAGACCAAGUUACGAAUCCGGACAUCAUGAUAGUCUCGAAGUUGCUCCUCUUGGUUCUAUCAAAAAUGAUCCUUUUUCGCCAAUCUCGUCUCCAGAUCAUUCCUCACCACAUUCAUCUCCUUUGAAUCACCCAAUAGAUCAUGGCGACAGAUUGACAGUCAGUUCUCCAACGCCAUCACAAUAUCGAACAGCGUCUGGAUCUGAUAAAAUUGCAAUCAUGAGCUUGGAUGAAUAUCCUAGACCAGAUGUAAGAAUCUCGGAUCCGCCGCCAAGGAACCCAAGGAGAGUUUCAGGUCCACCGCCAGUACCACCAAAGACACCGAUUAAUGGGGAGAGGCCUGGAAAUGCCAUGCAAAGAAGACCUAUUGGAAAUGGAACGGGCAUUGUAGCGCCUUAUCCUUUGGAAGAUGGACCACCGCCAGUUGUUAAUAUGGCGAGGAAACCUAAUUACGGAAGAUAGAGAAUUCAGGCGGAGUGUGAUCAUGUGAAUUGAUGGACUUGAUGAUACAGGUGAAGAUGAUGAAUUGGAAAGGAAACCGGCGUUCGGCACGAGGACACAGGAAUGAGCAAGCUAUUGAUUUAUUAUGGAUUAUGAUGGAGUUCGGAAUCAACCGAUUGGUUGCUGCGAUACCUUUUUGUUUUUUAUGCUUCUAUGGGGAUGACUGGAAUGAAAUCGGAUGAAUGGGGGGUUACCAUACCGAUGAAAUAGAUGCGAGUGGAUUGGAGUGAUACGUCCUCCUGCAUGGAAAUAUUUUUGAUAUACAAGUAAAUAGUUUGUUUUUUUCUUUAAGAUUUAAAGUUUAUUUAUAAUUCGAAUUUAUGAAUUUUUCUUGCCGA